AUGGCUCAAAAACUGGGAAAGUUUAGAGGAUAUGUCUCCCGUGCUCGUACGGUUGAGCUGGAAAACCUACGUGCCAGGCUGAGAUCCAAGGUUCUGAAGCAGGGAGCAGCUGCCGGGAUUCUGUCCAUCACCCUCGUUGGCACGGUGGCGGGACUGAUUGUCGUUAUCACAAGCGGGGCUGCGGUGCCGCUGAUCAUUUCAACUUCCACUCCCAUCGCGGUGAAGUUUGCAGUGAUCCUCAAGAACGUCCUGGGAGCAGGGCGCGCUCUCCGCCGGAUCCAGAUUAUUGAAGAGGAGUUGGCCCGCAGGAACAGUCACGCCAGCCAUCUGACCGCCUGA